CGCGCUCUGCAGCGCUCCGCUUCGCAGAGCGAGAGCACCAGCGCCAGGUCGUUUCGUGCUGUUCCGUGCGCGUCGCGUGCCGUAUGCAGCGGCGCUCGCUCAGCUGUUGUCUCGCCGUGAAAUGACAGUCUCGCGUCGCGUCGGUGGUGCGCGAUGUGGAAAUCAAUUUCGUGAAGCUCGGCAGCGUGAAGCAGCGUGAAGCAGUGCUGGGUGAAGUGAGCCGCAGAGCAUCGCAACUACCGUGUUGCAAUCAAGAUCAAGACCCCCGCAUCGGAAAAAAUGAACGGGAGCUUGGGAAUAGCGCGCGGCUCGGAGCAACAUCCGCAACGGUUUGCGGAUUACUUCGUCAUAUGCGGCCUGGACAAGGACUCCGGCCUGGAACCGGACAAGUAUUUCGGUGAUUCAUUGCAGUGCACGCCUCUGGAUCGAGCAUACAAAAGCAAAGUAUUGGGACAUUAUCCAGACUCGGUACCAUGGAAUCCUUUCGACGAACAUGCUGUGUGCAUGCGGUUUGCGCUUUCGCACCCAAAAACAUUCGGUGGAGCCGAUCUUCCACUCCUUCGUCCUGACGAAAGAAGACGGUCAUAGAACGUACGGGUUCAGCCUCGUUUUCUACGAGGAGUGCCGCAAUCGCAAAAUAUGCGCCGCAAUGCAAACGUUACAAGCGAUGCACAUCACGGAACUCAGCAGCGGUCAGAACGGCACGCCUCCCACCGUGAGGAAGGGUCAGGAUGGACAUAACACGAGAUCGUUACCACGUCACUUUAAAUUGUCAGCCCAUUCACCUGGUGCUGCAUUAGGAUAUUAUGAUUCUAUCAAAGACAAGUUGCUAGUGACUAAAUCAAUAGCCUUGCUAUGCCAACAGCCUUACCUCUUCGCGGCAAAGACGUUCCUCACCAAUCUUUAUAAGUAAGAAAUCUCUCACGAAUCUUUAUAAAUCUCUAAAACGAGCUGACACGUCCUUUUUCUUUUACACAAUUGCGUUUAUGUCAUAUAUUGUAAAGUUAUUCAUGUUAUAGUGUCAAAUAUUUAACGAAAAACUUCAAAUAAUAUUUAAAAAAAUAAUACGAAAUAUUAUAAUAUU